AGUUUUACGGUAUCGUGUUUUACGUUUUACGGUUUUAGUGUUCUACGUUUUACGGUUUUAGUGUUUUACGUGUUUUUUACGUUUUAGUGUUUUACUGUUUUAGUGUUUUACAUUGUUUUACGUUUUAGUGUUUUACGUUCUAGUGUUCUGAGUUUUAAGUUUUAAGGUUUACGGGGGGUGAGGUAUUUGCAUAAGCGAACAAUGGCGAACCUUGCAAAUCCUUCUGCACGCGAAGCGUACUGUGAGAAAUGGAAAACGCUGUUCCGCGCCAUGGGACAAGAACUUCGUAAUAUGACCGAUGUUUUGCUGAAAUGGAUGGCGUACGAUCAGGGAAUCCCAGCGAACACUGGAUCCAAAUGGACUGAGGAGGAACAAGAGCUGCUGAGACAAGCACUGUUGACACAUGGAGAUGAUAUGGAUAAAAUUUGCGAAAUACUCAGUUCGCGUUCCGAACAGGCAAUCCGGGCAGCCAUAAAACGGAAAAUGGAUCCGGAAAUGUUACAGCAAAUUGGUCCUAUUAAGAAGCGAAAGCAUGGAUGCAUAGUGUCGGAUUCGAUUCAUGAUUCCCCUUUGGCGUGUUAUUUCUCAUCUGAGAAAGACGACCAACCCGAGCACAAUGUCGGCGAAAGCAACCAGACUGGAUUGGAAACUUCUCAAAAGAGUUCCGAUACCGCAAAUGUAGAUUCAGCUGCUGGUCCGACUGCUCCGUUGUCCAAGGAUCACACUAUCAAGCAGACCGCAUUGACCGUCAAACAACCGGCUGCGACCGUUGGGAAGUCGCCGAUUGGUCAAAUCAAGCCCGGCACUUCAGCUUCCACAAUCGCCCCAACUUCCCUUAAAGCGCUGCAGAGUGGUUCACUGCCGACCAGUUCUGAAGUGGAAGGCUGGGCUUACGGAGACUCGGGAGUAGAAUUGACGGAUUACGACUUCCUUGCCAUCCUAGAGGACGAUCCGGCUGUGCUGGCCGACGCUCUCGUAAUAGCCGGCAUUCCUACCGUAGAUCUCCGAGUCCGGGCUGAUGUUUUAAAAGCCGAUGAAGUUCUGCGCGAAGAAAGCAGCGAAGCGCCGGAUAUUAUUUUCUGGAACAACUUCAAAGCACCGCUGCGGGAGGUUGCGCUGGAGUUGGGAGUGUAUGCUGAACGUAACGGGAUGGACGACGAAGAUCUGCCGAGGGAAAGCGAACAGGUGGUUGUUGAUGGACCUGUACCCGAGCCGGAAGAACCGCAUGACAUGGUUAAUGGAGUGACUGUUCAAGAACACUUGGCUAAUAGUAAUUACGAUACCGGCCUCACUGGCAGCGAAAUCGAAGAAUAUCUCAUGGAAACGGAUGCGGCGGUGGAAGCUCUGCAGAGUGCAGAAUUUUUGUAAGAUAGACGAGUGCGUGGUUAUGACUGGCUGGCAGGUAAUGUUUCCAGGAAAGACUUGUUUCUUGACGAUAGUACUACUUUGUGUAUCACAUUGAUUGUUUUUCCAGUUGUGCAGCGUAUACUGGCGGGACGGCGAUGGUAGAGGCGCGAUAAAAAUCGAAUAUUUAGAUUUUCAGUCUAGGAAACUGCAGUAUGAGUUCACACAGUUCUGUUUGUCAUUGUGCCAGGAAACCAGAGCCGAUAUUGCCUUCAUACAGUUUGAGGAAACUUCGAAAAACCUGUAUUGAUGUUCCCACUUGAGUCAUUUUUACUAUAAGACAUGUACAUACGAAAUAGAAAACCAAGCAUGCACGAUAAUUAAAUAAAACCAGGGUGAUGCUGCAUUCGCAAUU